AUGGCGGUCGGUGCCCCCUGCGAAGUGGAAGACGGAGGACUCUCACCUUCCCCUGCUGCUGCUCAAGCUGCUGCUGCUGUUGCUGCAACAGCAGUAACACCCGUUACAGUGGCAGCAAAGGCGCCGGCGUUGGCAGCGGCCCCUGCAAUAGAAGCAUCAGAUGCAGCAGACGACUUCUUCGAGGCAGUGUCUGCUCACAGGCAAGAGCAGGAUCAAAGAUAUGCGUCAAGCAGCGCCCGUCUAGCCUCCUCCACUCCUCCCUCCGGUGUGCAGACACCGGAAGCGGAGGGUAGAGAUGCGGGUCUCCAGCGCCACAGAGAGGAAUCGUCAGGGGUUUUGCAUUUGUCGGAGCCCUCAGAAAGAAUCUUGUCGUCAGCGGGGCCCCACAGGGGGCGCCCCGUGACACCUUUAAGCAACAGGUCUUCUCAGGAGGCCCCAUCUAGGGCACUCCAAAGGGCAUCGCCUUCUGCCCCUUCUACUCACAGGCCUCAUGGUGAGGCGCUUCCUGUGAGCCUCCAGCGCGGCCCCUCUCCCGAGGUUGUCCCCACAAGCAAAGCAGUUGAGGGGGCCCUUUGCCCCGGACAAACGGAGGCCCCCCUCCCACCCCGCCACAGCAUUCAACCCUCUGAAGGGGCCCCCGUAUUGGAGGCGUCAGCAGCAGAAGCGGAGUCUGCCGCCUUGGAGCCGCCGCAGACAGAGAAAAGGGUCCCCAUGGGGGCCAUUGAGGACACGGCCCGCUCUCGGGGGGCCCAGAGUUCUGCCCGGUCUUUGUUGUCGCCAGCGGGUAGCAUAGUUGGAAUGCUGCACCAAGAAGAGCAACCACAGCAGCAGCAACAGCAGCAGCAGCAGCCGCAGCAGCAGCAACAGCAGCAACGGCAGCAAAUGCGAAGGCAAGCAGAAGGCAAGAGAGCGUUUCUCCCACUGAACCUACAGCGAGCUCACGAUGCACCUGGCGAGGACUUAUUGGACCAACUGCACAAACUGUCUACGAAAAUUCAGGCGCAAGAAGACGAAAAGGGUGUAGCUCCGGUUUUGCUGCAGCGGGUCAUGGCGGAGGAGAGUUUUCAACUGGAGCAAAUCUUGAAGCGGCAGUACCAUGCAGACAUUCGGCAGAAGUGCGAGCAGAACAGAAAACUUGCAUUGGACAACGAAACCCUCAGGCAGCAGAUUGAGAAAUUAAAUGCGGAGUGCGAAGGACUGAGAGGAGCUGUUGCGCUUGCUGAAGAGGUCAUGGCCAGCUUCUUCCAACGGUUGAUGAGGCCACGUCUCGACUUGCCAACGAACGAACCCGAGGAGGAUCUUGUCCCCUCCGUUUCUUUCUCUGACUCAGCUCUGGAGGGGCGGCUCAGUGAGGUGUUUGCGGCUUUAAGAAGCGCUUUAUUUGCCGAAGUAGGCGCUCUCGACCUUCCCACACAGCAGGAGGUGCAGCAGCGACUAGAAGGGGCAGCUGCCCUGUGUCGUGCGACGUCUGCUGCUGCUGCUGCGGCUGCUGCUGAGGCCUCCACCUCACCUAGACCUUUGGAAACCCUACACGAUGAUGCUCAAGCUGGUGUUGUGCGGCCCCUUGGGGGCGCUCGGCCUCCAGGGUUGCCCAUCCCUGCUGCUGCAGCGCCAGCCGCAGCAGCGCUUGCGUCUCUGCAGCAAGAAAAGAGGGCCCUUGGGCACCCGUUCAUUCAUAUGGAGACGCUUCCGCCCACCAGCGAGGCCCAGAUAGAAAGUCUGAAGUUUCAGAUCGAGAGACUCCGCGAAAACUUGGGCGCCUUCACGGAAGGACUGCUGCAUGCGCACGAAAAGCACCUGCAAACAAAAAGGCCCCCCAGCGCCGCCGCGAAGCCGGAGGGCCCCUUCGAAGGGGUGGAGGCUCCCAAGUAUGUGGAAGUGCCCUCAGUAGACAAAGCCACUUCCAGGGCCCCCGUAGCCAAAGAAGUUCAACUCCCUCCUCCCGACAAGGACGUCGCCCGGGCCACACCCGCAGCAGCAGCGCAAGUACCAGUAGCAGCAGGCGCCCCAAUGGGCCCCCCGGCCUAUAUGGGGGGCCCCUCCGUACCACCAGCAACAGUUGGGAAGACAAAGUCUUUGUGGGGUGCUGCUACCAAGCGGGAAGAAAAGGGAGCCCCUAUGCUGCAGCUUCCGCCGCAGGCUGAAAGACUGCGGGGCGCUGUGUUGCGUCCUGCUGUACCUCAGUGUAGGCAGCAGCAGCAGUGUAGUCCUUGUACCGCAGAAGGGGGCUGGGGGUCCUGUCUCCCGCCUAGCGGUGCGGGGCCCUUCGAUUCUUGCUGUGAAAAGCCUCCCAGACCAGGGGUGGUGUUACCACCUCUCAAGCAGCGGCAGCAACAAACCAGCAGGGGGCCCUGCGGCCGCCAGAGGUGCCCUUCUAGGGGACGUUCCUCUCUUUUGGGGCCCCCUGGGGGGUUGCCCGUCUCUGCAUCUGCGGCAAGUCUGCUGCCGGCUCUGAAGCCCGCUCCAACUGCAGCAACAGCUGCUGCUGUUGCUGCUUCUCGCGCUUCCAGAGGGGGACUGAUGGGUUCGGCGUCAGCGGUUGAUCUCUCUGUGGUAGGGAGGCACUUAGGGCCCCCUCUGGGGGCCCCCACCCCUACUGCGUCGCUAUACGCUGGUCCUAGGUACGGCCAGUAUCCUGUUGCUGUUGGGGGCCUACAAGGUGGCCCUGUCUUGGGGGCCCUUCCUCUACCGCGGCGGGUACAGCAGAGAGCUGUCUUACCUGCAGCAACAACUAAGAAGCAGUGGGGUGCCUCUUCGCGCAGCAACAGCAGCAACGGCAGCGGCAAGGUGUUCAGCCGCACAAGACGCAGCUGCUCCCCCAUCAAAGAGAAAUGGGACGACCCGUCUUCAGCAAAGGGGGCAUCCAGCGGGGGGGAAGCCGCCUCAGAGCUGCCUGGGGCUGCGCUUGCAAUUGAGUCAAAGGUCAGCCCCACAGCAGCAGAGUCCACAGGAGGAGGGCCUCAAGGAGCUCGCCUAAGAAACCCCGUUCUUUUUUGGGAAGACUGGGGGCCUCCUGGGCCCCAGAGACCGACGGAGAUGGGGGGCCCCCGUGGGGCUCCCUGUCCCCUUCUCGGGGGCCCUUCGCUUUAUGCCGUAACACCCACCAGAGAGCUGUCACCUGUAGGGAUGCCGCCUGUUGACUGGAGCAAAGGAGGGGCCUCUAUGUACGCGGCAGAGAGUAUGGGGGACUAUGCAGGGGCCAGUGCUGCCCGAGGUGCCGUUAUGAAUCCCGAUGCAGCAGCAGUAGCGGCAAGACUCGUUUCACCUUCAUCGGCCCCCUUUGCACAUUCCUACAGUCAGCCGCCCAGAAGGGCAUCACCCAUGGAGGCAGUUGCGCAUUUGAAUCAGGCUCUACUUCAGCAGCAGCAACAGCAGCAGGCGUUCAUGAUGUCCCUCAAAUCUCCAGCAACAAUAACGGCAGCUGCAGCCGCCGCAUCAGCAAAAGGAGCUGGUCGGGGGGGUCCUCUUCUUGGGGCCCCCUCUCCACGUGGGGGGAGGAGCGGGGGCCCUUGGGGAGCAUGCGGCUUGCUGAGCCCCCUUUGUUACUCUAAUCCUCCUCUCAAAAGCCCCAACAGUAGCCGCAGCAGCAGCAACAUCCACAACAUACCGCGACAGAAAGAAGACAUGGGAGAUUGGGCCCAGUCGAGGCCCUGA